UCCAAGACCCAGAGAAAGAGCUGUCAGAAUGCCAGAGCCAGCAAAGUCCACCUCUGCCCCCAAAAAGGGCUCCAAGAAAGCCGUGACAAAGACCCAGAAGAAGGGUGAUAAGAAGCGGCACAAGAGCAGGAAAGAGAGCUACUCCAUCUAUGUCUACAAGGUGCUGAAGCAGGUCCACCCCGACACCGGCAUCUCCUCCAAGGCUAUGGGCAUCAUGAACUCCUUCGUUAAUGACAUCUUUGAGCGCAUCGCUGGAGAAGCGUCCCGCCUGGCCCAUUACAACAAGCGCUCUACCAUCACCUCCCGGGAGAUCCAGACGGCAGUGCGCCUGCUGCUCCCAGGAGAGCUGGCCAAGCACGCUGUCUCGGAGGGCACCAAGGCUGUCACCAAGUACACAAGCUCCAAGUAGCCAGAUGUCACCUCUCCAAUGGGACCAUCAACCACCGGACCCUCCGCGCAAGCACAGGCAGGCAGCCACAGUCCAGAUAAACAUUACGGCUAUUAUCCACAGCAAUUUGCAGCCUUGGGGUGUGCAUGAGAAGCUGCCCAGUGGAAGAGGAGACAGUGAUCUGGAUGGUGGCUGAUUUCCAUAGUCUGUUUGGGACAUGCAGCAGGUUCAGCAAGGCUGGUGGAGGAGGCCCCUGGUUUCACAUCUCAUCCAAAUGACUGACCAACUCUAGUAUACCCAAACCCUUCUCUGUGCUUGGCAACAUGCAUGCUUGGCACUGGCUGGGGAGGCAGGCAGUGGCAGCACAGAGAUGCCAUCUCUUUAAGUCUUCCUGUUUGGCUGCUUUCUCACAGUCAUCCAAGAUGGGCACAGAAGAGUCAGUGGUGGUAUCCAUCUUCUCCCUCAUAGCCCAGAUCCAUCCUGGUGUACAGUGGCCCAGCCCACCCCAUGCCAGCAGAAGUGUCAUUGACAGCUACCAGGCAUGGGCUAUAGAAUAAAGUCCAUAUUGAUUCAACAGCUAUCUGUGCUUGACAGCCUGUUUAAAGAGCAAGCCUAGCAGGCAGAUGCUGGGAUGAAACCAAGCGCUGUUCCUCCUCAUUGCUGCCAGUGGAUGAGCCAUUAAGCAGGCUGAGGGUGCUGGUGCUGGAGCUGCCCACUGCCUCCUCCCUUGUGCCAAGGCGGACAGACAGACAAGGGGGGAUGUUGGUGCUGGGUCACUUCCUUCCUUGGCUGCUGCUUUAGGACUUGCUUUGUGUGCAAGACUGCUAAAUCUGCUGCUUUUCAGAGACUUUUCCUCCCUCGACACUGCCUCUGUGCUCCCUGCCACUGUACACAUGGGUGAGAUGGGGUGGUGCUUAGAGUACCGGGGUGAUGCAGGCCAAGCAGCACAGAGGUGUGGGGAGGGGACUGAGGACUUGGAAAGGGGUCUGGAGUGAGACCAGAGGUGUUUAAUGCAGGCUGGGGGAGAGGCAGGCUCCCCGCACUGUGGGCAGUUUACCUGGCCCUGUCUUCCCUGCUUUGUUCAUUGGUUAGAACAACCAGUGAAGCAAAACUGGAGCUGAGUGGAUAUACAGGGACACUUGCCUGCAUCCCAACAAUGUUUUAAAACUGCUUCAGAUAGUCCCCAUGUCUUUUCGAAGUCUACAGUAAGGUGAGCAAUAAUAAAAGCCAUAGGGGUUAGUGGAGGAAUAUCUUGGUUGCAGCAGGUUCUUUUGCCCAGACUGUUGGAUAGCAGAAGAGCAUGUGUGGAACCAGUGUGAAGUUGAAGCUUCCUACUCAAAACACAAAAUUAGCCAUCAUUAAAAAAAAAGAAAACCCAACUCUCUGGUAGGCAGUAGCACUCAGAUAGAAAAUAUUCAGGCCUAAAAUAACAACUACUUUCUGCAGCUUGUUCUGUAAAUAAAAAGGGCAGCAAAGACCCAGGAACUAAGUGCAGGUUCUCCCCAAACUCCAGGACCUUGUUUUUUAUUGAAAGGCGAAUUCAUACCCUGAAAUACCAACCUCGCAGUACAUCUCUCACUUUCCCCUACGUUUAUCUCUAUCCUGUUUCUUUACAACUCGAGAGUGAUGGGGACACUUGACAAGUUUAUAUCACUUUUUGGAGCUGUAGGACUCUGCAGCUCCAGAAGAUUCAGUUAUUUCUGUUUUUUAUAACAGUGUUGCAGUCAUCUUCCUGUUGGUCUGAGGAAAGGACCACAGAGACCUGCGCAACCAAGAGCACCUGAGAAGCCCCAGAGCAGCGCAGGGUCUCAUGUGGUCUCUGUGCAAGACUGAAGGUCAAGUUGCUUUUGGGCUGUUCCCAUAUCCCUGCUUUGGGUUUGAACAUCCCAUGCCCAAAAAGGGGCUUUCCUGCCCUACUUGGGUCAGUGACAGCACACAGCCAUGUUUCAUCCCAGCAGGAAUCCCUGGUGAUACCUUCCAGAAGGAGCAAAACCUGCUCUCCAGGUGUCAGCUCCCACAGUACAGUUAGCUCAGUGGUACUCAGUGGUGCUGGUAACCUGGACCACAUCCAGGACACUUCGGAGGUGACAGCUUAGCACUACUUUUGUUUUCCAUUCAAAUAGUUGGAAUUGGAUGCCAGAGAUGAAAAUGUACCUGCACUGGGCCUAGAACCACCAGCCUUGCUCUCUCUCCCACCAGAAACUGGGAAGCAGAUAAUGCAAAGGGAAAAUAUCAGGAGUGAAGGGUUGGCUGGCAGUGUUGGAGCUUCUUCCUCCUGUAGUUAGGACUCAACCCCUUGGGGAGUCCUCCAGGAGGUAGCAGUUCUGAGUAGAAUAAAUCUGCUCCAGUCCAAGCAGUAUGUGUGAGGCAAGACACACAUCACCCAGGGUUACCUGUCACGACCUCUAAAUCCUCAUUCUUUUGAGCUGAGUCCUUCUGCUAGAAGUCAGGAAAGAAAACACAGCACUGACCCUCCAGGGUCUCCUGGACAGCUCAGGGAGCUGAGGACAAGGCUGGGCACUUGGACAAGAACUGGUGUACAUGCACAUAUGUAUGUACAGCAUACGUAUGUAUACAUACAAUAUGCUGUCCCCAUACACAUACAGUACUGGUCUCAUUUUCCUGUGCCACUGUUGCCACUCUCCAUUUUUAGAGAUUGUUUCAGAGAGAGAAACAGUGAUUUAAGGCUAUAAAAAUACUUGACAGCUUAAAGAGGAACUUUUAUAUUGUCUAAAGUCAAGUGACUGAGACUGGUUAUGUCCAUCCAGUUAUAGUUCAGGCUGUCAUUUCACACAUCAUUUGCUCUUCACUCUCCCUUUGUAUCAUUUCUUUGCUUGAUGUUUUACUUUACUCCUGAUAAUGUGGAGCACAGGAUUGAGGAACUGAUCUAGGUUAAAAUUAACCUCUUUUUGUUUGUUUUUGUGUGGGGUUUUUUGUUGUUGUUGUUUGUGUUGUUUGGUUUUUUCAGUAUUCUUUCAAGUUUUGUUGGAAUACAGUCCUGGUGGCUCUGAUCCAUCACUGUUGUACAGACACUUGUGCCAGCUAAGAGAAGGGCUGAUCCAAGAAAGGCAAGGCUGGCAUAAGCUAGGGCUGCUGCAGAAAGCAGCUGGGAAUUAAUGGCCUUAGUGAAGAAAGGAAAUCUGUGUCUCCUGCAGUGGUCCAGUUCAUAGCAACAAUAUGGCUUUUAGAUGCAUCACUAGGAGUGUUACCUCUGCAGUGUCCCACAAGCAGUUUCUCUGAUGUUGGAAUCAGACGUAUCCCAUUUCCACAGGUCCCAGAGGACGGCAGUGUUACACCACGGAAGGGAGCAGCUUGGGAAGGACACUGCUCCCAUGCAGCCACCCAACUGCAGUGGUUGGAGGUUCCUUGUAGCAUGCAGCAGUGUGGGAGGCAGCCUGCCCUUCCCACAGCUGCCUGCUGCUGCAUGGGAGCACACUCACAUGACUGCAACAGGAAUUACUUUGCGAUGAGCUUGGACUGAGCCUUAGCAGUGGAGGCAAUAGAAGAUGGUCUAAAAGUUCAGGUAUAGAUUGGCCACUCAGUAAUCUGAAUUGUGACAUAUUCCACCAUUCCCUGGUAAGGGGAUUGCCUGCAGAAGAGGAGUUCUGCAUUUUGGGCUCUCUGCUUCUAAAGAAUAUGUAUUUCCAGCUCUAGAAUUGAUAACAUGUUUUAAUAAUUAAGAUAAUAUACCAAGCCCCACUGUCCCUGCCUGAUUCCUACUGCAAUUUCAGAAGCAUCUCUGAGCCAUUGCUGUGUUUGGAAAGGGAAGCUGAAAAAGUAACACAGCCUUGAUAUUAACCUCACAUUAACCCAGUGGACAUCACUGAGUUAUUUGUUUCCAUGUACAAUUCAAGAGAUAAAAUUAGCUGUACUCCUGAUUUUCCACCUAGAAGGUCUGAAAGUCCACCCAGCCUCAAAGCUGAGCUCAACCUAGAGGAGACCUGAGCAGCCACAUGCACAGAGGUUUGCUCCUACUCAGGACUGAAAAGUCUUUAGUUAAGCAUGGGGAAAAUGAGUAAAAACAAGCGUGGAGGAUGAGUGCCUGUGCUGGGCACUGCUGUGUGCCCUGGGAAGGGAUGCUUGAGCUGCAACUGCUGAAGAGCCCUGGCCAAAGAAGCUGUGUGCCCAUCUGCUGGUGACAGGCAACCAUGUGGAUGUAGCCCCAAGACCUGGCCACCACUGGAGUUAAGCUUGGCAUGGCCUCUGCACAGCCCUGAGCAUUUGUCCCAUCAUAGCAUUUCCUGACGGUUUACAUCCAGAACAAUUGUUUACAGGGAAAGGAAGAAUGUGAACUAAAUGGUAAAAUUCACUUGCUGACAGAAUGUCGAGAGCUCCCUGGGACAGCACCUGGGGAGCGAUCUCUCAUGCUUACUCCAUGCAUGGUUUCUUUCGGGCUUAUGUACAGAGUUUUCCUGACAGUAAGUGUUACAUCAGGUAUGAUCUAUGUUAUAUUACUACUGGUUCAUGACCUGUCUUACUACUGAUUACCUGUUUUCUGUUAAAUGUAUAAAUAAAAUGUAAAUGCCAACCUGUUGAAAAUCAGACAAGCCCCAGCUCUCAGGAUGUCUUUGCUUCUGUAUCACUGUG